AUGGCUUCUCGCAGCUUCACCGUAUUCCAAGACAUUCCAGCAGGCGACGUGCAGUCCAAAUCUCUGAAGAAAUCAGGAUCCUCGGCCACCUCAUCUAUCAACUCCACUCAACUGCUGGACAAGGAGAAUGUGAACCCCGUCACCGGUGAACGUGCUGGAGCUCAGAGUGGCAAAAAGCGCAAGACAGCAGCACUUGCCAGCAAGUCGAUGCCGCUUGGUGUGAAGUUACAGGCGGAGGUCGCGGAGGUCAAGCCAGAGAAGAAACGCAAGGCUUCAUCGUCGCAGAAUGCGGUAGCUGGUAAGAAGGGGGUAAGGGUGAGCAGGAAGGGCACGAGAAGGUCGCCACGCCGGGCACCCCCGAUGCCCAAGGUUGAGGAAGAGGUUGAGGUCGAGGCCGAGAAGAAGCAUCUCGCCCAGGUUGAAAUCGACUCGCGUUGCUACGAGUUGACUGUUCAACCUCUCGCCGAUGUAUCCAAGGCGUACGAUGAGAGUGAAGCCUUCGCUGAGUCGUCUCUGCACUCAAAGUUACGAUUCGUGAAGGACUCAUCGGCUGAACCUGAGCUUCGCGACUACGUCCCCGAUCUUAAACUCUUCGCAAGAGCGACAACCCCCAUCGAAUCUUCUCACGACACCAUUUUCUCUACUCCCGAGCGCAAGCGCAUCUACUCUGCGUUUACAUUCUCCUCCCCCUCCCCAAGCAGCGAUCGUCUCCGCAAAAUGAACCGGGCUACCAGUUUUCUGUUCCUCUCACAUUCCAACCAAAUCUACAUCUACGGACUCGCGCCCAUCUGA